GGCGCCAGACCCUCCCUUCAGGAUGUGUUUGGAGGCUGAGAGAAACUUCCACUGCAGACAGAAAGUGUUGAGGUGAGAGUGUGUGUGUGUGUGUGUGUGAUGGCGCUCAGAGCUGCGCUGCUGAAGAGCAUCUGGUACGCCUUCACUUCUCUGGACACCGAAGACAGCGGAAAAGUGUCCAAAUCACAACUCAAGGUUUUGUCUCAUAACCUUCACAGUGUGUUGCGGAUCCCUCAUGACCCCGCGGCCCUUGAGAGACACUUUAGCGAUGAUGACGACGGCCCCGUGUCCAGCCAGGGGUACAUGCCCUACCUGAACCAGUUCAUUCUGGACAAGGUGACGGAGGGCACGUUUGUUAAAGAGGAGGUGGAUGAGCUCUGCUGGACGCUGUGCUCCAAGAAGAACUACCACCCAGCCGAUGAUCAGCUCCUAACCAAUCAGGACGCUUUGAGGCUGUGGUGUCUGUUCAACUUCCUGGCGGACGACCGAUACCCGCUCACACUGGUGCCGGAGGAGGUGGAGUACCUGCUGCGUAAGCUCAGCGCUGUGCUGCCGGUGGAGCUGAGCUGUGUGGAGCUGGAGGAGUGUGUGUCGCAGGAGUGUGUGUCUCCGUCGCAGGAGUGUGUGAGUGUGUGGAGUUUCCUGCAUCUGGUGAACCGCAGCGCCGUCAGUCGAGGAGUCGACGCCGACAGCUUCAGUCUCGCUGUGGAGAAGGUGUACAGAGAGGUGGUGGGAAACGUGCUGAAGGAGGGUUACCUGUGGAAGAAGGGUCACCUGCGCAGGAACUGGACGGAGCGCUGGUUCUGUCUGAAGCCCGGCUCUUUCUCCUACUAUGUGAGUGAGGACGCGCGGGACUGCAGGGGUGUGAUAGAGAUGGACCACAACUGCUGUGUGGAGGUGCUGCCAGAUCGUGAUGGAAAGAGGUGCAUGUUCUGUGUAAAGACCCUCAACAAGACCUUCGAGAUCAGCGCACCAGACUCCAGACAGAGACAAGAGUGGAUCACAGCCAUACACACAGCUCUGCGUCUGUCCUCAUCAGGCCGCUGGUCCUUGCAUGAGGAGCUGAAGUGUAUCCGGCGGGAGCAGCGGGCGGAGCGGGAGCGUAGGCGUGUGCUGCGGGUGGAGGAGACGCGGAGGCUGAAGGAGCUGCAGGAGGAGCGCGAGGAGCAGCAGGUGGAGCUGCAGCUGCUGAAGGAGGCGCAGAAACAGAGCCGAGAAUCCCUGCAGCGGGAGGAGCAGAGGAGGCGCAGCCAGCAUGAGGAGAUGCAGAACACACUCAAGAGACAACUGCAGGAGGCCCAGGAGGCACGAGAGAAUCUCCGCGCUGAGGUUGCAGUUCGUGAUCUGGAGGCUGAACAUCAGCAGAGGAGAAUCAGAGAGCUGGAGGAUCUUCAUCAGCGGCUGCAGGAGGCACUACAGCUGCAGAUCAGAGCCAGACAAGAGGAGGAGACCUACAGAUACACACAGACCAGGCUGCUGGCGGAGGAGGAGGAGAAGGUGAAGUCUCUGCUGGCACUGCAGGAGGAACAGGAGGAGCAGAUCCUUCAGACAGAGAGAGAGAAGCAGGAGCUGAAGCUGGAGAUGGAGAGAAAGUGCCAGGCUCUGGAGGAGGCGCAGGGCCAGCUGGAUAAAGUGCGGGCCAGCCGGCGCAGAGUGGACCAGGACAUCGCUGCUGCUCAGCGUAAACUCCGGCAGGCCAGUACGAGUGUUAAACACUGGAACGUCCAGAUGAACCGCCUGAUGCACCCCAUCGGCCCUGGAGAAAGGCGAGCAUCCUCUGGUAACCUUCUCGCUCCGCCGGUUCGCAUCCCAUCCGUCAGUGAGAGCGAAUCCAGACCUCCAGAGAAACAAACCAUCAAACAAAACAGCCUCGACUGCGGAGAAAGCAGCAGCGCGGAGAAUAUGGACUGCGGAAACACCGAAAACUCAGAGCCGACGGAUGUUUAAGAGAGUUUAGCUUGUUGAUUUUUUUAAAAGCACCAAAACAAACCCAAAAAAAGCCCCGCCUCUUUUUAUACCUCUGCUAUGUUUACUACUCGUGUAGCAAAAUUUCUCUGGCCCAGCUCUGGCCCACACAGUUAGCUUUUGCUUGGCCCACAUGCUGUAGUGUAUUACGGUACCUGACUCGACCGAGUCUGGCUUCCAGACAAGAGCCAAACAUAGACCAUAUCUGGGCCAAGUCUCAAAGCAAAGUUAACAGAGGCUGAACUGGGCCAGAUAUGUUGGUGUGUCACGACUGCAAUGAAAUUGAUAAAGCCAUGAAGCACUGCCCUUUAGGUGCGCUAUGGGCGUGCUUUUUCUCGAAGAAACCUGAUUGGUAGAAUUUUUUUGCCUUUAUUCAAAAAUAAUAAAAAUGUAUCAAGAUAGGCCAAACCUACACGGCCCACAUACCCAUUAUUAGCAUCUGGGCCAAAUGCUACAUUUGAUAUCUGGCCCAAGUGGUGUGCCGCGUUAAAAAACGUUGCCACCUCUGACAAACCCGGGUCCUGUUUGGCCCACCUGCUUUAUGACAGGGCCGGAUGAAUGCCUGCUGUGCCAGCUUUAUGUCAAAUCUGGGCCAGAAUUCUUUACUACCUGGGUACAUAGCAAAAUUUCUCUGGCCCAG